CACACAAAGAGCAGGAGCAGAGGGGCUUCAUCUGAAGUGCAUGGCACGAAGGUUACACGAGGGGGAAGUUAAACUCAGGUUCUGAGAAGCAACUUCAGCCGAGUUGACUCACCUCUCUAAGAGACGCACUCAGAUCCGGUCACCAUCCACCUUCUGUGCGUUAAAGCGCACAGCCGAAACAGAACUUUACGCGCUCCCAGGAGACCUUCCUCCAGCCCUCAGCGCUCGCUGGCUCUCAGAGACUUUCCCCGUCAGCCGGUUUGUGACUUUCACAAGCGGUUCUGCUGAAUAGUGACCGAUCCGACCCAGAGCUCCGGGUCCCCCAUGAGGCUAGAGGCCGCAGCCAGGAUGGAUCUGAUCAGGAAGCUGUGGAGGGCGAGGAAGCUGAUCCUUGUGGUGUUCAUCCCCCUGUCCCUGCUUCCCCUACCGCUCAUCCACCCCACCAGCGAGGCAUGCUGCGCGUACGUGCUGAUGGUGACGGCAGUCUAUUGGGUGUCUGAAGCUGUUCCCUUGGGUGCUGCUGCUCUGGUGCCGGCUUUCCUCUAUCCACUCUUUGGAGUACUCAAGUCCAGUGAGGUGGCAGCAGAGUACUGUAAAGACACCACCCUGCUGCUGAUGGGAGUCAUCUGCCUGGCCGCCUCCAUAGAGAAGUGGAACCUGCAUAAACGCAUCGCUCUGCGCAUGGUGAUGAUCGCGGGGGCCAAGCCUGGCAUGUUGGUGCUGGGCUUCAUGUGCUGCACAGUCUUUUUGUCCAUGUGGCUCAGCAACACGUCCACCACAGCCAUGGUGAUGCCCAUAGCCGAGGCCGUCCUGCAGCAGCUGAUCUGCACAGGCCUGGCCGACAGCCACGAGGACUCCGAAACCGCAGAGGCCCAUGAGGAUGAUGCAUCUCUUUCAGAAAAAGAAGGGAACCUGGACAAAAAUCAGUUAGAGCUGCUUUAUCGCAAUGACAUUAAUGACUGCACUAGACAGGAGCUUUCCAUGCUCAGUGAGGAACAAACUGGGGCGGCAAACGGUUUAGGUUUAAUGUCAAACUCUAACCAGGACAUCGUUAAACACACAAAUGGACACCUGCCUCAGAUUGCAAUCGAAAUCCCGAACGUUAAGCGAGUGAAGGCCAGGAGGGACUCCCAGUAUCCCACCAAGAGGGACCACAUGAUCUGUAAAUGCCUGUCGCUCAGCAUCACCUACGCAGCGACGAUCGGUGGCCUCAUCACCAUCACCGGCACGUCAACCAACCUCAUCUUUGCCGAGCAGUUCAACACACGUUACCCAGACGCAAAGGUGAUAAACUUCGGCACGUGGUUCAUCUUCAGCUUCCCCAUAGCCAUCAUCAUGCUUGUCCUCACCUGGCUGUGGCUGCACUGCCUCUUCCUCGGCUGCAACUUCAGGGAAACAUGCUCGUUGAGCAAGAAGCGCAAGACCAGGAGGGAGGUGAUGUCAGAGAAGAGGAUCCAUGAGGAGUACGAGAAACUAGGACCCAUCAGUUACCCAGAGGUGGUGACGGGUGUUUUCUUCAUCCUGAUGACUCUGCUGUGGUUCACCAGAGAGCCUGGUUUUGUGCCCGGCUGGACGUCUCUCUUCGAGAAGAAAGGUUACAGGACUGAUGCGACAGUCUCAGUCCUUCUGGGCUUCCUGCUCUUCCUCAUCCCUGCCAGGCGACCCUUCUCAUCCUCUUCCAGCUAUAAAUACUCAGGUGAUGAUGACCCGCUGGCUCCCAUGAUCACCUGGAAGGACUUCCAGAGACUGAUGCCGUGGGAGAUCGUCAUCCUGGUGGGAGGCGGCUAUGCACUGGCUGCAGGGUGCAAGGUGUCAGGCCUGUCGGUGUGGAUCGGCAGACAGCUGGAGCCCAUGAGUGGCCUUCCUCCCUGGGCCGUCACCCUGCUGGCCUGCCUGUUGGUGUCAGCGGUCACCGAGUUCGCCUCCAACCCGGCAACUCUCACCGUCUUCCUGCCCAUCCUGUCAGCGCUGUCGGAGACUCUGCAAAUCAACCCCCUCCACACUUUGAUCCCGUCCACCAUGUGCGUGUCAUUCGGGGUCAUGCUUCCAGUGGGGAACCCCCCUAACGCCAUCGUCUUCAGUUACGGCCACGUGCAGAUAAGUGACAUGGUGAAAGCAGGUUUCGGGGUGAAUCUGAUCGGUGUGGCAGUGGUGAUGUUAGCCAUCAGCACGUGGGGGGUUCCCCUCUUCAACCUGACCGAGUUCCCGGUCUGGGCAGUUGGCAGGAACAUCACCGGGAUCUUAUAACCACCGCUGGGAAGAAAAGGUGUUGAACCGUAAACCACUCGGAAGACUGAAAGAGAGAAAGAGGCGGGGCAAUGUUUGUGUGAGGAAAUAACACAAGAAGAUGGUGUUUGGCCUGUCAAGAGGACAGCUCGGAGUUAAGGAGCCCUUUUCUUGCUCUUGGGGGGGGACCUAUGAGAUGAAAAGGAGAGCAAAAACCAUUACAUGUUGCUUCGAUAUAAUAGUUUGAAUUAUAUUUUCUGUUGGGCAUGAGAGGUGUUAUGAGGAGUGACCUCCAACCGUGUAAAGCCUGACCUCCUGCGAAAGCCCUUUUUAUUUACCUCCAUUGACACUGUUAAAUGGAGAUUCUGUUUUAAAGAAAUCCCUGAAGGUAAUUUGCUAAAAGAUACAAAUGAAUUGUUGGUGAUUGAUAUCUAAUAUUUUGUUGAUUGAUUUUGUAGAAGGAAUGAUAAGUUAAGAUGCUGCUCGGCCUCUGAGCCACACUAGCUGACAUUUACAGUACAUAGUAAAAACUUGAACGGUCAUU